AUGAAGGCUAACAUCACCAACCCGCCGGAGAAGGAUCCGAAUUUGAUCACGACUGUAGCUGACCAAGGUCAGGGAGGUCUCGAGGCAAAAACCCGAUCAAAUUCGACCACUCAAUCGUCGAUUGCUCUGACCAAGGAUAAUCCUGCCAUCACGACUCCCAAGCGCAGCAGCAAGCGAUACCCUUCAGAAACCGCCGAGGAUGGCGCAAUGAAAGGAAGCUUGCUCUUCCCAUCUGAAGUUGCCCAAGGUCAGGACGUCCCCACGGUCAACACUCGACCAAAUCCGACCACUCCUUCGUCAAUCGAUUUAACCAAGGACAAUCUGCCUGAUCCCACGACUUCAAAGAGCCAACGCAAGCAACCCCCUCCUUCCAAAACUGCCAAGGAUGGCGCAGUGCAAGGACAAUCGCUCGUUGCCUACAUCAACGAAACUCAAGGUGUCACAGUUUUGCAGGCUCUACAAGAAGGCUUGGAGACAGGAGGUGUUUGCUCUCACAACCGCCCAAUGCGCCCUGCUAUCAUUCCUCACAUUGUGGAGGAAUCCGAGCGACUAAAACGAGAGCCAACAAUAGCCAAAGCUCAGUCCAAGUUUAAGAAGCGACUUGAAUCCACGCCGCCAGAGCACCCGACAGGUGCCAAGGCACACGAUUCUCCCAAGAACCUCCAUCCAAGCAAUGAACCCAUGAAAUUUGUUGAAAUCGUUUGGCAUGCCUUGACAACGGCGUUUCCAACAAAACAAGGUUGGAACCAGAACGAACUUCUCAGCUAUUUACACACAACAACAAUCCUACUUUAUGACGUCUGCGCUGCCCAUCAGACGUGGCCACCAACCAUGGGCUCGAAUGACGCAAAAUCACACGAGAUGAACUUGAAAUCGACAAGGACUGCACCUGAGCACGCUCAGGAAGGUCUGGAGGCAACAACCCGCUCGAAUUCUACCACCCUAUUGACAGUUGACCUUGUGAAGGACAACCCCUAUGAACACAAAUUCUCCAUGUUGUACAGCAUAUUUGUCUUGUUUCUUUCUCUGGAAAAGAUACAGCAGACCAAAUUUCUGGUUCACCAUUUCCAAAUCCUCACCAUCAGAGUGGGAGCGCCAAUCUGCCCAUUGACAGGCCUGGCUAGAGAGAAUUGCAUUCAAUUCUUUCCUUGGAAAAGGUACCCACAAAAUUCCUCUGUAUCCCAGGAGAAAUCCUUUCAUCUUGUUUGUACUUCCCCACCAACAGUGGGAGCGCCGAUUUGUCCCCUGACAUGA